AUGAACUCCAAAUUCCUUCUCUGUGUGCUCCUCGCCGUGAUCAUGUGCUCAAUUGAGACAUCUGCUCAAUACUACGGAUACGCUUCCUCUUACUAUCCAUCUUACUAUGGUGGAUAUGGAGCAUACAAUGGAUAUUAUGGUGGUGCUUAUGGAUAUGGAUCCGCUUAUGGAUACUAUGGAAAGAGGGAGGCUGGAUUUGGACAGGGACAACAAGCGAAUUAA